CUCUUGGGUGGGGGAGGACGACUACACAUACAAACCUUGGACACGAAUUAUGGAUACAACUAUUGCAUGAAGCUGGCGGAGGGACUGCAUGGUGUGUUUUGUAGGCCCAGGUUUACUUGAUAACAGUGAAGUUUAGAAAUGAGAAAAUGGUGAUGUGGUAUGAAGAAGGUGAGAAUAGGAGCCUGAUACACAUCACCCAUUGGGAUCUGAGCAGCUCAGCUGAAGAAUACUGGAAUCCAAGUUUUCAAGGAUAAGACGGCUGCUUUGAUUAAGGACCUCCAAUUAACUUCAUAUGAAAAAGAGAGGGAGGAAAUCAGCUUUCUGGUCAGGGGGUGGGGGAUAGAGAGAUAUAUUAUUCAUGCCUUGUGUUAGAGCAAUUGGAGAACCAGCUUUGCUGUGGCCUAGAUGAUAUAUAUGUAUAUAUGUAUAUAUAUAUAUAUGUAUGUGUAUAUACAUAUAUAUGUGUAUUUAUUUAUGUAUGUAUUAAAAUAGUAAACCUUAAGAGGAAGAGUGGACCUUAAUAUACAAAAAAGAAAGGGCGAAUGACACUCGGGUAGCCUCAAAGUAAAGCACUUGCGUAAAAAGCAAACGGCUGAAGUGGGUUGAAGCAUGGGCUGUGCUUCAAGUAUUCAUAUCUCUGAUAGGGUGGUCUACCACAGUGGAAAAGAGUCCGAGGAUUCCCACUCACCCCAGCAGACUAAUACCACUCAGCAUCAAGGAAAUCCUGCCUUGGGACUACCCCUAAAACCCCCAAGCUGCAAGACCACAUUAACAGAGGUGCAAUUUGGACCAAUGAAGUUAUUUAAAGAGCCGCUUCAGGUACUUUUAGUUUUUGCCAAAGAGGACAGUCAGAGUAAUGGCUUCUGCUGGGCAUGUGAGAAGGCCAACUUCAGGUGCAGCAUGGCACGAACACCCGAGUCGGCUCUUGAAUGCUUCUUGGAGAAGCAUCAUGACCUCGUCAUCAUUGACCACAGACAUUCCAGACACUAUGAUGCGGAAGCUCUAUGCCGGUCAAUUAGAGCGGUCAACUCUUCAGAAAACACUGUGAUAGUCGCCGUUGUAAAAAGGCCGGACAGAGAGGAAGCCUCUGUGAUGCCCCUGAUCAAUGCCGGCUUUAAUAGGAGAUAUGUGGAGAAUGCCAAUACGAUGGCCUGCUAUAAUGAGCUGCUACAGUUGGAGCAUGGAGAGGUGCGGGCGCAGUUCAAACUCAGGGCUGGAAAUGCUAUUUUCACUGCUCUAGAACAAAGCCAGGAGGCCAUAGAGAUCACUUCUGAAGAUCAAGUAAUUCAGUAUGUGAACCCUGCCUAUGAGUCCAUAAUGGGCUACCAACAAGGCGAGCUAAUAGGAAAGGAAAUAAUAGAAGUGCCUAAAAGUGAGAAGAAUAAGCCUGAUCUCCUUGAAACAAUAAAUUCUUGCAUAAGGAAAGGAAAGGAGUGGCAGGGGAUUUAUUAUGCCAAAAAGAAGAAUGGAGACAGCAUUCAGCAAAAUGUGAAGAUCACACCUGUAAUUGGGCAGGGAGGAAAAAUCCGACACUAUGUGUCUAUCAACUGGCCUUUAAAUGAUAAUAAUAAGAGUGAUAAAUCCACUGAAUGUGUGCAGGCAGAGUCUCAAACAGACAUCCAAUCCAGUAAGCACAAAGACCGGAGAAAAGGCUCUCUGGACGUAAGAUCCACAACUUCUCGGGGGAGCGAUGGGAGCUCACAGCGAAGGCACUCUUCAAUGGCCCGAAUCCACUCCAUGACUAUAGAAGCUCCCAUCACCAAGGUAAUAAACAUCAUCAAUGCAGCGCAGGAAAGCAGUCCUCUGCCUGUGGCAGAGGCCUUGGAUCGGGUACUGGAGAUCCUGAGGACAACUGAGCUCUACUCCCCACAGCUGGACACCAAGGAUGAAGACCCCCAUACGAAUGACCUUGUGGGGGGGCUGAUGAUGGAUGGUUUACGCAGAUUGUCAGGAAAUGAAUACAUCUUGUCCACAAAACAGCCCCACCAUAUGCCCAGUCACCUGACAACUCCUCUGUGUUUAAAUGACAUCCCUCCUCGUAUUGCCGAGACCAUGGAAAAUGACGACUCGUGGGAUUUUGACAUUGUCAACUUGGAGGCUGCAACCAUGAAACGGCCUUUGACUUACUUGGGCAUGAAGAUCUUCUCCCGGUUUGGGGUCUGCGAGUUCCUAAACUGCCCUGAGGCCACUUUGCGCUCCUGGCUACAAGUGAUUGAAGCUAACUACCACUCCAGUAACUCCUACCAUAACUCUUCUCAUGCAGCUGAUGUCCUGCAUGCAACGGCUUACUUUCUCUGCAAGGAGAGGGUCAAGCAAAGUUUGGAUCCCAUCGACGAGGUGGCUGCCCUGAUUGCUGCCACUGUGCAUGACGUGGACCACCCGGGACGCACCAACAGCUUCCUGUGCAACGCAGGAAGUGAAUUGGCCAUCCUCUACAAUGACACUGCUGUUCUAGAGAGCCACCACGCAGCUCUUGCCUUCCAGAUCACUACCAGAGAUGAUAAGUGCAACAUAUUCAAGAACAUUGAAAGGAAUGAAUAUCGAACACUUCGACAGGCCAUCAUUGAUAUGGUGCUCGCGACCGAGAUGACCAAACAUUUCGAACACGUCAACAAAUUUGUCAACAGCAUCAACAAGCCACUGGCUGCUCUGGAGGAGAACGGGGGAAACAAUGAUGAGGAAUCUGUCAAAAGCAUUCUGACAUCCCCUGAGAAUCGCAUCCUCGUCAAGCGGAUGCUGAUUAAGUGUGCAGACAUCUCCAAUCCAUGCAAGCCUCAGGAACUCUGUAUAGAAUGGGCCGGACGCAUCUCAGAGGAGUAUUUUGCACAGACGGAUGAGGAGAAGAGACAAGGCCUACCGGUGGUUAUGCCUGUGUUUGACAGAAACACGUGUAGCAUCCCAAAGUCCCAGAUUUCCUUCAUAAACUACUUCCUUACCGACAUGUUUGACGCAUGGGAUGCUUUCGCAGAUCUCCCCAAUCUUAUGCAGCACCUGGACAAUAACUUCAAGUACUGGAAAGGCCUGGACGAGAGGAAGCUGCACAGCCUGCGACCGCCUCCAGAGUAGGACCGCUGCUGUGUUCAGCCCUGGGACCUUGAGGUCCGGGGCAGCCCUCCUCUUUCCUGCUGGGGCGUCUCUCUCCCUGCCAGCCCAGUUAGCCAAAAGGCCUCCUCGCCUUCACUCUCCUGCUUCUGUAGCACGCCGAGUGUCCAUAUUUCUGUCCAUACAGAAACCACAGAGGGACUUUUUGACAGGCAGUUUGCAGCAGUGACACUGCUGGCGUUAUGACCCUGUGAAAUAAAAACUGUGACAAACAGACACACAGCCUCCUUAUGAACUUCUCGUGCCUCAUGGCCAUUCGCAAUGUAGCUGGUCAAGUGACAUGACUGCGAGAGGGUCCUUACAGGCCUCCGUCCCCUAACAUGGGCACUCCUUCCUGCCUGUGAAGUUGCUGUUUGAGUAAAACAACUGGUUGUUUACUGAAGGAGCGAGCAACACUGGACGAUGGAAGUGUGGCUUGAAUAUGAAAAUGUCCGAACCACGUAAGGCCAUAUAAUCACCUUUGACCUCCAUCCCUGUGCUUGCAAAAAGGCAAAACUGCUCCUUUUGCCCAUGGAGGCCACACCAUGGAAUUACACUCCACUGCUCUUUUUUAAUUUAAUUUUAUUUUUGGCAAUAUUUGUAUGUGUCCUUCAGAAACAAGUUGACAUUUCGGUCACAACAGACAUGUGGGAGGGGAUGCUUUCUUUAUGGGUCAAGGAGUGGAUCUUUACUUUAGGCCACUGCUGAGAGACAAAAAAAACAACAUAAUGAUCAUAGAAGUUAAUUAAUUUCAGAUGAUUUGGUUUGUUCCUUUUUCUUAGGUGUUCCAUUUUUCUAUAUUAAGAUUCACAAACAAAUUAGUUGAUAAAUAAAUAAGAACUAAAUUAAUUUCAGAAAGAGAGAGAAAAGCCAAAGCUGAUGAAUACAAAUACUAAUAUAUCUUAAACAAAUUAAUAAUCACAAUAAUUAUUCAUAUGAAGCAUUACCAUAAUAAACAUUUUUUUAUUUUCUUAUCAAAAGUACAGUACCAGUUUGAAUGAACACUUUUGUAUUGCACUGUAAACAAUAUUACAAAUGUAUACGUCUCAGUGAUUUGUCCAGGGAUGGGAUGUUGCAUUGUAGAAUAAGCUGUUAUUGUUCAUCAUCAGGAGUUUGUGUGUGUGUUUGCGCACAGGGCGGGUGUGCGCGUGGGGUGGGUGUGCGUUUGCGUGUGUUUAUGUGUGGGUGUGUUUGGGUCGUAGGUGUGGGCGCGUGGGUGUAUUCAUUGUUGCAACAGUCCCUUACUCUUGGUUUAAUGCUGUAAACCGCUUGACAUUUGACAACAGCAGAAAUAUGUGAAAACAUUUUGGACUUGAAAAUGUUUUCUCCCAGAAUUUUUUGUAUCUGGUUUAUCCUACUGAAAAGACUGCCUUAUUUUAUACAAUAUUUAUACAGUACUUCCCACUGUGCAACUGCAACGGACAUCUGGAGUUUUUAUUAUGACAUAGUCAGAAGGUUAUGUUCAAGUAAAUCUCAAUAUUUUUAUAGACAAUGAAUUUUACACUGGAUUUGCAGCAAAUGAGAUCAACCGUUAUAGCUAUCUGAAUACCUGUGAAUUGGAUGGUCACACUCGGCAUGUAUACAGAGAACUAAAUGGUUAAGAAGGAUGUGGAUCACAGAGUUGUCUAUCAUUGUCUCCUAGAGGCCAGCUUGCAUUUAUUUUUUAUCAAACCAUUCUAUUUUGGCCACAUGUCCAACAUCCUUAUGCACAGACCCCGGGAACCGCUUUAUGUUCAAGGCUGGUUUCAGAUUAGGAUACUAAUAUAUGUUAAGGAUUGUCGCUUAUUAAGAAUAUUUCAUCUUUAAACAGCAUAUAAAUGCCAUAACAGCUAAGCAAAUUAUGGUCAUUGAGAUGUUUUGACCAUGGUUAUCUUUGUUUCUCUCUUAUGACAGAACUGUACACUCAAUCAGGGGAUUGUUUGUUCCUUCUGAUUCACAACUUGGUCUGAAGGCACGGGGGAGGAAAAAUAGAAACUAUUCAAUAAAAAAUAAAAUAAUAUCAAUUAUAAGUUUGCAGUUUAUUUCCUGCAAUGAUUCAACCUGUGUUCUCAUUACUUAUGUCACAUUUAUCUUUUUUCUCUCAUUCUUUAUAAGACUACAAUAUGCCUUAUAAAUGUAUUUGAUAUUUGCUCUGAGUCUGUCUAGCUUUCUCACUACCUCUUUAGGUUACUUCUUUUACUAGUUUUUAGAGCAAUAAGUAAGGACUAUAUUUUAGUUUUUUGAAUAGAGGAAGAAGAUAUGUCUCAAACUACAUAGUGGCUGGUUCUGACACCUGAGUGUACGUCCCAUAAAAUGAACAAUAGAGAACAACUUUAAACUAAUUUAACUUAACUGAGAUGGCACAUAGAACCAAUGUGCUUUUCUUAUUCCAGACUGCCUAACAUUAGAAAACCCGAUCUCCACAGGAGAGGAACAAGUAGUAUAAACAGCCUUAUUCAUCUUUUUAGUGCCACUCAAUAUUCAUCAAUUACAUUUGUCUAUUUUUAAGAACACAUAACAGAGUGCAUAGUGUAUUGAAAUGAUCAAGUCUGUGUUUAAUUGGCUAUGAAGUCAACUUUUCCUUUGUAACUGUUUUUUGUGUGUUUCUUUUAAAGGUUAAAUAUUCUUGAUUUAUGGUUGAGGUCUGGGAAUUAUCGUGGUUUGGUUUAAAUAAACAGUAUGACUAAGAUAAGUAAAUGAUUGUGGUCGUGGUUAAAAGAACACUAUGUUGGCUGGUAAAAGGAAAUGGGAAAUAAACAAUGGUCUCCCAUGUCUAAAUCACUUUGUGGACCUAUCUAUCGACCGCAAACUCCUCUUUCAUGGGUUUUAAAAACUAAAAAUGAUGUCAUUCAACUUGUAAAUUUGUUCCUGGCAAACAAGAGUUAGUAAUUCCCAUUGCUGCUAGAGGUACUUGUCAGCUAAAUGUAGCUUACAUUUUAAGCAAUUUAAUGCCCCCCCCCAUACAUUUAUUGUCAGAUUUUUGUAGAAUAUAUGUUUGCACAUUCAUUAUGCACACUUUAUGUCAAGUUGUCUGAUUACUCCAUGUGCUAAAUGUGUCUGAACUCAGUCAGAAUGGCUUUCCAUUCAACUAAAUUGGCCCACAAUCAAUAACGCAGUGUCACUAAUAUUGCUAGAUUUUUUUUAUUUCUAGAAAGAGUACACUGGUACCUUUGGCUCAUAUUUUUUAUAAUUCAUAAUUUCAGACAGUAAAUGCCUCUCUCGAUUACGUAAUUGCCUUGACGAUAUCAGGGACAACAAUUAAAAUAAGUUCUGGAA